AACUAUUAAAAUCCGGACCCGAUCCAUAUGCUCCCCUUCACAGGACUCAGCAAUGCAAAAUCACCGCGCAUGAAAUAACUUGAUUAGUAUUUUCCUAAGCAUUAUUGCGUUAUAUCAGUCAACAUUUGCAAAUUGCGAUUGGUGAUAAAUGAUUAUCCAAGAAAUGAAGAAAGCAAUAGGUGCCUACCGCGAAGUGCUGAGGCUGGUGAGGCGACUUCCAAAGGACACCAGGCCUUACUACGCAAAAUACGCCCGAGAAAAUUUCGUCAAUUACAGAGAAAUCGACUCGAAUGAUCCAAAUGCUCUUCAGGAACUCCUUCAACGAGCGUACAACCAUUCCAUCUGGGUCCUUAAUAAGUAUUCUGUAGACCAAUCUGCAGCGGAUCGCCUAAAGAUUAUAUGCUCCGCUUGAUGGUUCGUCUUGUCUGCCAACUGUUUGUUACUAUUUCCCAAAGAGCUUUGUUCUUUUGUUGCUCUUUCUUUCUUGCUUGUACUUUAAAUUGGAUAUUCUGCAUUAGACGCUUGAUAUACAGUUUCUGAUACUUCAUAUAAUAACUUUUGAGAAUUAAUAAGCUUUGCUAA